CCGCGCGCUUGGGCACUUCCGCCAGCCCGGGCGCAGGGUCGCUGUGAGCUGGUUUGGAGGCUCGGGGGCGUCGCGAUGACUACGCUCCGGGCAUUCACCUGCGACGAUCUGUUCCGUUUCAAUAACAUUAACCUGGAUCCACUUACUGAAACUUAUGGGAUUCCUUUCUAUUUACAGUAUCUUGCCCACUGGCCAGAGUAUUUCAUCGUUGCAGAGGCACCUGGUGGAGAACUCAUGGGAUACAUUAUGGGUAAAGCAGAAGGUUCUGUAGCUCGGGAAGAAUGGCAUGGGCAUGUCACAGCUCUGUCUGUUGCCCCUGAAUUUCGACGCCUUGGUUUGGCUGCUAAACUUAUGGAAUUAUUAGAGGAGAUUUCAGAAAGAAAGGGUGGCUUUUUUGUUGAUCUUUUCGUAAGAGUAUCUAACCAAGUUGCAGUUAACAUGUACAAGCAGCUGGGCUACAGUGUCUACAGGACAGUCAUAGAGUACUACUCAGCCAGCAAUGGGGAACCUGAUGAAGAUGCUUAUGAUAUGAGGAAAGCACUUUCCAGAGACACUGAGAAGAAAUCCAUCAUACCAUUACCUCAUCCCGUGAGGCCUGAAGACAUUGAAUAACCAUAGGCAGUGGUUCUUAGGCAGAUGGACAUCAUGAUUUUCACUGGAUGAACUUGGAGCUCUGUUCGGGAAAAAGUAAUCAUUUAGGUCUUAAAGACUUCAAGAAAAUACAGGCUAUAAACUUAAACUCAGUGUUUCCAAUUAGCAAUAGCAUGCCUGUUAAAACUGCUGUAAUGAAAUUCAGUCAAGAAGGCAGCCAGGCCAGAAGGAAUAGUUCCCCUCUAAUGGCUCAUAGUAUUCAGGACAUGCCAGGGGGAAGACUCACUCCAACACUCUCUCAAAUUCUGUGCCUGAGAACCACUGCUGCAUAUAUUUUUUUAUUUUUUAUUGAAAUGUUAAUUGAUGCUUUAAAAGCAUAAAUGAAAUGUAUCAAUCUGGAUGUGUAUAGUAAAAUACAUUGUUGACUAUGGAUGUUUUCUGGAAGUUCGUUGGGUAAUUUGUACAACAUAAUCAGGAUUAAGAAACAACAUUGUGUAGGAUAUGCUGUUUGAAUUCGAUAUAAAACAUUUCUUAAAUCCA